AUGGUCAAGCCAAAGGUUCUUGCGCUGGGCUAUCCCGCCUUCGCAGGUGAGGAAUAUGUUAAACAGUUUCAGGAGGAAUAUGAGAUCGAUAUUGACCUGCACCAGGUUUUGGUACCAACAGACCGAAAACAAACCGUUGCCGAUCUAGCAGCAAAGGUGCAGUCAUCCGGGCCAUAUCAAGCACUGCUCGUGCGAAUGGGAAUCGGUCCCUAUGAGCCCUUCGACGAGGAGCUCCUGCGUCCUCUAGUACCCGAUUGCAAGAUUCUUGUCUCCUGCUCGGCGGGUUAUAACGAAUUCGAUGUUUCCUGGAUGACACAGCAGGGGAUGUGGUUCUGCAACACGCGCAACGCUGUCUCAGAAGCGACAGCGGACAUGGCCAUGUUUCUCAUCCUUGCGGUUCUUCGAGACACAACUCGGGGCGAGAAACAGACCCGAGAAGGCAAAUGGAGAGGUACCCUAGCCCCGACGCGUGAUCCAACCGGCUUGAAACUGGGUAUAUUAGGCAUGGGGGGGAUCGGCAAGCAUCUGGCAAGAAAGGCCGCCGCUUUCAACAUGAAGAUCAUCUAUUAUAAUCGCCAGCGACUUCCUGUGGAGGACGAAGAACGGUUAGGAGCAACGUACUGCCCAACAAUGGAGGAGCUGCUCGCUCAAUCCGACGUUUUCUCUGUCAACUGUCCACUCAACGACCAAACAGUCGGUCUGAUUGGCGAAAAGGAGUUUGCCCAGAUGAAAGAUGGCGUCUUCUUCAUCAACACAGCCCGUGGCGCGAUCGUUAACGAGUCAGCCCUGAUUGCUGCUCUACAGAGUGGGAAGAUUGAGCGUGCCGGACUGGAUGUUUUCGACGGGGAACCUAGUGUCAACCCCUUCUUCCUCGAAUGUGAUCGCUGCACCAUCCAGCCUCAUCUUGGAGGUCUGACCGACGGGGCGUUUCAAAAGGCCGAGAUCGAAUGUUUGGAGAACAUCAAGACCUUGUUUACCACGGGGGUUCCCGUGGCACCAAUUAACAAUAUUUCAACAUAG